AUUUAGACGCCGAUAGUUUUAUACGGUUAGAUGUACGAGAGAUAAAUAAUGAAAGUAUUUCAAUCUGUAUCUUGCAAUUGUUAAAAGUAAAUAAUUUUCAUAGUUGUGUUUUUUAGUUUCCUUUUUGAUCAAUGAGUCUUUGGACAUAUGUGCAUGUUUUAUGACUUCUUUAUGAUCUCAUUUUGUGUAUAUAACUUAUCAAGUCUCUACCUUUGAGAUUCCUCAGUCAUUUCCUCUCUCUUUCUCUCUCCCUCUUUUCACUUGACUGAAAUCACCUUCUUUUAAACAUCAUCUCUUCUUCUUGGGUUCUCAAUCUUCAUUUCAAGCAAACAAGUUUAUCAGAACAAUGAAGGUGUUGAAAUAUUGAGAGUGUUAAGACAGCAAUUAAGGCACUAAACAUAAUAGAUUGUGAAGUGAUAUAGGUUGAUUUCAUCCGUACACUAUGGAGUGGACUAGCAAUAUUGGAAGUACCAUAAGAAAUAAUCACAGCAGAAAUGGAUAUGAGAACUUGUCACUUCUGCACCUGUUUCAACAUUUAAAUGGUGGCAUAUAUGAUCAAGAGGAAGUUGAUUAUGCUAAGGCAAUAUCACUCUCAGAAAUGGAAGUUGUAAAGCGGGAAGCAUUGAUCAUUGAGAAACAGAAGAUGAAAGCCAUCACAUCCCAAAUUGAAGAAGAUGAGGAGCUCGCCAAUGCAAUGCAACUGAGCUUAGUCCUGGAGUCUUCUCUUUCAAAUGACAGUGCACAUGCUUCUUCCUCUCGACCUUUCCUGGCCUCUGAAUCCAAGAUACUCUGUGCUGGAUGCAACGCCGAGAUAAGCAUACAUGAACAUGUUUUCGAAAAUAAUGGUAUUGUUUGGCAUAUAGAAUGUCUCAUAUGUCAUACUUGCAAACGACUAAUCAAAGAUGAUGAGUUAUGCAUGUCUGAAAAUCGACCUUAUCACACAUCUUGUCCAAGGAAUAUGAGGCAUUCUAAAUGCUAUGUAUGCAACAACUUUAUCCCACAUAGUAAUGGGGUGGUUGAAUUUGGAGAGCAUCCUUUUUGGGCACAAAAAUAUUGCCCUUCCCAUGAAACUGAUGGAACUUCCAAUUGUGUUAGUUGUGAAAGAUUACAGCCAAAAGGAAUCAACUACAUUCUACUCAAAGAUGGCAGAAGCUUGUGUCCAGAUUGUUCUAGCUUCAAGAUUAUGAACACCAAUGAGUGCCAGCCUCUCUUCCAUGAGGUACAAGAAUUUUUCUCAAGUUUAAACAUGAAACUAAACCAAGAAAUUCCAUUGGGGAUUGUUGAAAGGGAAGCAUUGAACAAUGCCAUGGAAGGGGAAAAGAAUGGACAUCACCAUUUAUCCGAAACUCGCGGGCUCUGCUUGUCGGAAGAGCAAACCAUUCCCAUUAUUCAUGAGAGGAAACAUAUUGGGAGUCGUUCAAUCCUUAAGUUACUCACACAGCAACGCAGACUUGUUCGUAAUUGUGAAGUUACGGCUAUACUCAUCCUAUAUGGUCUUCCCAGAUUGUUGACAGGAUCCAUUCUAGCACAUGAGAUGAUGCAUGCUUGGUUAAGGCUUCAAGGUUAUCCAAAUCUAAAACCCGAAAUUGAAGAAGGUAUCUGCCAAGUCCUAGCUCACAUGUGGCUGAAAUCCAAAAUCAAUGUGGGAUCUGAAACUGCCAUGGCUGCUGCUAGUUCAUCUUCUUCCCUGCGACCUCCAUGUUCAAACAAGGACAAGAAACUGAGUGAAAUAGAGAAGAAACUUGGCGAAUGUUUCAUACGCCAAAUCGAACUGGAUGCUUCACAAGCCUAUGGAGAUGGGUUCAGGGUGGGAGAGCAGGCAGUUUCCAAGUAUGGUUUGAAGGAAACUCUUGAUCAUAUCAAACUCACUCAAACUUUCCCACUUUGAAAGUUGAUAUUGUAGGAAAAGAACACUCGGGGAUUGAUUGUACGACGUUGGUAAAAAGUGAAAACAUGUAAUAAAAUGAAUAAUCAUGCCACUUAAAAGUUCUAUAUCUGAUUAAUUUUUAAUCAUAACCCUCUAAUAAUGAAGAUGUGGAAAUGAAUUAUUGGCA